GCUGUCUGCAUGAACACCAGAGAAGAACCAGAUUCAAACCUGCAGGCUCAUUUCAUGUCUGUGUACAGAGUGAAGAGCUGCUGGAUUCAUUGUUUCCUCCAAAUGAAAGAAAAGUCAUUUUCAUGUGACAGAGCGACGAUGCAGUGGAGUCUGUUUCUGCUUCUUCUGAUGGGUCAGUGUGUCUUCAUCACAUGUCAGCUGUAUGAGUACCACUUUAUUAAAGAACAGAUGAGCUGGGAUGAAGCACGGGCAUACUGCAGAGAGAACUACACAGACCUGGCCAAAGUGUUUGACCUGACAGACAUGAGAAGACUUCAAGACUCUGCACAGAAUCAAACAGAAGCCUGGAUUGGACUGUACAGCGAGCCAGGAAGAGACAACAGGAGGUGGCACUGGUCUCUGCCGGGGGAGGAAUACACUGAAAAUAAGACCUGUUGGGGAAAUGGAGAGCCAAAUGAUUAUGGUGGCACCCCUGAGAACUGUGUGAUGACAGGAGACACGUGGGAAGGAGACAAGUGGAACGAUGUUCCAUGUAGUGACACAUUUCAGUUCAUCUGCUAUAACGAAACGAUGAAAGACAACAAAACCUUUCAUUUGAAUGAUAAGUCUGUGACCUGGACUCAGGCUCAGAACUACUGCAGACAGCAUCACACCGACCUGGCCAGUGGACUCGAUCAGAUAUACAGUGAAGAGUUUAAGAUGCUGCAGAAGUCUAAAGAGCUGUGGAUCGGCCUGUUCAGAGACAGCUGGAGGUGGUCAGAUGGGAGUAACUUCUCUUUCAGAUACUGGGACAUGGACUCAUUUAAUGAUGGACUAAACAACAGGACAUGUGCUACGACUCUGUUAGAGAGAUCAGGAAGAUGGAGCUCUGCUGGGUGUGACCAAAGAAAGCCUUUCUUCUGCUAUGAUGAUAAACUGAUUCUGAUCAGGGAAAACAAAACCUGGGAGGAAGCCUUGAAUUACUGCAGACAGAAACACCAUGACCUGGUUUCAAUCAGCAACCCUCAUCAGCAGCGAUGGGUCCAGGAAAGAGCCAAAAACGCCUCGACUCCUUUCGUGUGGCUGGGACUGCACUACUCCUGCGCUGCACGUUUGUGGCUUUGGGUCACUGAUUAUGUAGUGUGCUAUGAGAGGUGGGCUUCAGGGGGAAGGACUGAAGACUGUGACAUGUCUGCAGCCAUGACCACAGGAGGGCAGCACGAGUGGGUCAGUCAGAGGAAAAAUGAGACAUUUAAUUUUAUUUGUAUAAAACACUGAGGUUUAAACCUAAAGUCACUUCUUAGCUGCACAUGUAGAUUUUCUGGGGUGAACUCUGUGUUUCUGCUCAGUGUUUACAGUCACUGGGUUUGAAAUGGGAGAAAAAUGACCAACAGAUUAUUACCUGCAGGUUAGAUAUGUGCAGAGAGCAGUCUGUGUUUCAUUUCCUCUCCUUUACCAGAGUCAGGAACAUCUUGGUUUCUUCCUUCAUUGUUGCUGGAUUGGUUCAUUAUUAAACUGUAGCAGGAUAUUUGUUUUGAUUUACUUCAGAUAUGGUGAUGGUUUGAAUGUUUCUGCUUCAUGUGCUGUAAAUCUUUGUAUCACACCAUUGUAUCCUCAGCUUGAAUUACAAAGCCUGUCACUAAAAGCAGGUAAAACCAUGUUUGUGUCAUGACUCCAUAUGAGCUCUAUAAUCUGAUCAUGUUUGUUCAUGAAGACAAAUAAACCUUCAUUUAACCAAG